GUGUGUGUGUGUGUGUGAGGAACUCCUUAUGGUCCUACAAUAAAUAGUUCGAUUCAGUCAGGAGAAAACCUGCAGAGGAUCGAGAACCUGAAGGCUGAUUUUACUCUCAGAAGAUCCACGUGGUGUCCAGCUUCACUGUAGAUCACGAUGUUCCAGAUUAAGAAGAUAUGCUGCAUCGGAGCCGGGUACGUGGGCGGCCCGACGUGCAGCGUGAUCGCCAGCAAGUGCCCCGACAUCAAGGUGACGGUGGUGGACGUCAACGAGGCCCGGAUCAAUGCCUGGAAUUCGGACACGCUUCCCAUUUACGAGCCGGGUCUGAAAGAGAUAGUGCUGUCGUGCCGCGGCAAGAACCUCUUCUUCUCCACCGACAUCGACACGGCCAUCAAGGAGGCGGACCUGGUCUUCAUUUCGGUGAACACGCCCACCAAGACGUACGGUAUGGGGAAGGGCCGCGCGGCCGAUCUGAAGUUCAUCGAGGCCUGCGCUCGCCGGAUCGUGGAGGUCUCGGAGGGUUAUAAGAUCGUGACCGAGAAGAGCACGGUGCCGGUGCGAGCCGCCGAGAGCAUCCGCCGGAUCUUCGACGCCAACACCAAACCCAAGCUCAACCUGCAGGUGCUCUCUAACCCAGAAUUCCUUGCUGAGGGGACGGCGGUGAAGGACCUGCAGGAGCCGGACCGCGUGCUGAUCGGUGGAGACGAGGGUCCGGAGGGUCAGAGGGCGAUCGCGGCGCUGCGUGAGGUGUACGAGCACUGGGUCGACAAAUCACGCAUAAUCACCACCAACACCUGGUCAUCAGAGCUCUCCAAACUGGCAGCGAACGCGUUCCUGGCUCAGAGGAUCAGCAGCAUCAACUCCAUCUCGGCUCUGUGCGAGGCCACCGGCGCCGACGUGGAGGAGGUGGCCAAGGCCAUCGGCAUGGACCAGCGAAUCGGGAGCAAGUUCCUCAAGGCCAGCGUGGGUUUCGGAGGGAGCUGUUUCCAGAAGGACGUGCUGAACCUGGUGUAUCUGUGUGAGGCGCUCAACCUGACAGAGGUGGCCAAGUACUGGCAGCAGGUGAUCGAUAUGAACGAGUACCAGAGGAGAAGAUUCGCCUGCAGGAUCAUCGACUGUCUCUUCAACACGGUGUCGGGGAAGAAAAUCGCUCUGCUCGGCUUCGCCUUCAAGAAGGACACGGGCGACACCAGGGAGUCGUCCAGCAUCUACAUCUCCAAAUACCUGAUGGACGAGGGGGCCGAGCUGCACAUCUACGACCCCAAAGUGUCUAAAGAGCAGAUCAUGCUGGACCUGUCCCAGCCCAGCAUCACCGAGCGACCGGAGAAAGUGUCGGAGCUGGUGACCGUAUCGUCGGACCCGUACGAGGCGUGUACUAACGCACACGCGCUGGUGAUCUGCACCGAGUGGGACAUGUUUAAGAAACUGGAUUACUUGAAGAUCUACCAGAAGAUGCAGAAGCCGGCGUUCAUAUUCGACGGCCGGCGAGUCCUGGAUGAUCUGCACAUGCAGUUACAGAACAUCGGCUUUCAGAUCGAAACCAUCGGUAAGAAGGUGACCACCCGGAUCCCCUUCACUCCGUUCACGCCCACCACGUUCCUCCUGAAGGACCCCCUCCUAAGGAAACCCAAAGCUCAGAAGAAGGACUGAUGGGUUCAUCUGCGUGGCGUCACGUCUGCGUCCCGCACCGAAGUCCGGACCCGUCUCGGCGCCUCUUCGUGCUGCGUUUUAAUUCUGCCUACUGUCUGUUCUCACGUCCGACCUGGUUUACUUCAUUAUUGUUAUUAUUUUGGAGGGGGAGGGGGGGCGGGACGUUUCGGUGACUGUUAAUCGUUAAACGUUCUCGCACUGAAAGCUGAAGGAUCGUCUGUCUGUACUAUCAAAAAUGGGUGUUUGUUUUUCCUUUAUUUUGUCUAGAGUCUUUGCUGUCAUAAAUAGUUCUGUGUCUGAUUCACUACACGAGUGAAACGAUUCGCUCAGCCCGGUGAGACGGUCGUCUGUUUGUUCGUUAGGACGGGGGGGUCGGCGUCAGUGUGUCGAUCCGCUCCGACCGACUGUACAGAAACCACACCUGUGUGAAAUGGACCAAUAAAAACUUUACAUCUUAUUAUUAAAUACAUAAAAGAAA